AUGGACACCUGUCGAAGCAGCUGGUCGCAGAGCCCCAGAAGGGCUAGUACGUGGGCGCAAGGAUGGCGCGGUCGCCGUGGUGCGCGGUCAAAGCGGCCCUCCACCGGCUGGGAGGCUUUCCUGCUCCCUUCGUCCCCCGUGAAGGCAGCUGCUGCGCUGCUCACGGAGGAAGAGUUUCGCAAACAUCCGCUGUCCAUGCAGACAACCACGGCAUCCUUCGGUUCCUACCGCAGCCAGGGCACCGCCACGGAUCUCCUGGCCGACGUCUCCAUGACGCAGGCGCGGCAGACGGGGCAGGAUGUGCUCUCCGCGGUGACCGCCACGGUGCCGGAGCCCUUUGGGCCGCAGCUGUCCACGGCCAAGGUGCUGCGUGGCCGCCCCAAGGCGGCCCCCCCCCGCAGCCCCAAGCGCCGCUCCCGGCCGCCCACGGGGCCCGGAGAGCGGCCCGCAGAGCGGGCCGCGGAGCGCGCGGAGCGCGCGGAGCGCGCGGAGCCUCCAGCGCCGAAGAAGUCGCUCUUUAAGGCGGUGAGCGCCAUCAUGCAGGCGGCCAAAACGGAGAAAGCCCCCAAGGCGCACGCGGACCGCCCCACUUCCUCCCUGAAGGCGGCCCAGGCCUUCAAAACCGCCCUGAGCGCCGUGGCGGGCGAGACGGCCAACACCACCAGCGGCAGCCGCAGGCGUUCCGUGGCCGAGCGCCUGACCAUGAGCAGCGCCACGCGCCACGCCAUGGACGCCAAGGAUGCGGAGCGCAGCAAGGCGCCCGAGACGGACGCGGAGGACCCGGCCCGCCCUCCACGCUCCCCGGAGCGCAAGACGCGCAGUGCGUCGAAGGUGGAACGGGUUUCCACAGUGGAGCAAGCCCGCGAGGAGGCUUCCAAGGCGCCGCGCACAGCUGCGACGCCGGGAAUGGUCUUCGCACCCCAGGAGAAACCAGGAGGCAAGUGGAAGUGGACUUCGCAAGCCUUUGAGGCACCUCUCUGUUCCUUUCAGGAACUGGUGAACGUGGAGAACACACCCAUGCUCCUAGCGGAGGCAGUGGAGCGAGUCCGACCGAUGUGCGGCGGGCAGAACUUCAGCUGGGAAAGGUCCCAUGGAUCCUAUGGCGGCAAGUUGCACAUCAACUUCCCCAUAGUUCUCUGGUACCAGCACAGUUGGGAGAACGAGAUCAAGAAAUCCCGGACCUCCUGCGCCGUCUCCUUCCUGCACCGCUCGGGCUGUGCAUUCGUCUACCAGCCCACGGUGCCGGUGACCACGCUGAUUAUCGAACCCAAGCAGAUCUUCCGACCCAUGUUCCACUUUGACCCGAGAUCUUUUCAUACCUUCAAACUGGCGUGGCGGCACUACUUGGAUUUCGACAGCACGGACUACCGUUUAAUCGUUGGAAGUGAGUUGGAGCGCUGGUGCCAACGCUGCUCCAAUGCCAUCGAAAAACCCUUCAACGCCACCUAUUGGCUGCUGCUGAUGAUUGGCUCCCUCUACCGGGAGACGUUGACCAUGCGGAAUGUGGUCCCCAAGUUGGAUCCACCGGAACAGGUGGCCGUGAUCUGCGUCGAUUCCUUCGUGGCGCUGUCGGCCCUGCUCUUCGCGCCGGAGCGGCAGGUCCUGUACGCCGGGGUGGAUCCCACGCCGUCGUAUCUACGCUGGCUGCAGUACAUUGCGGAUCAGAACAAUUUUCGAAAGACCAAACCGGUCAACGCUGCGAACGCAGCCACAGUCUUCGAGAUGAAUGAGUUCCUGGACCUUCCGGUGGUGAUCAUCUUCUACGGCCGCCCCAGUCGCGGUAAGGAGGCAGACCCCUUAGCGUGGACGGGCAAUCCUACGCUGGUGAAGAGUUACAUCUCGCGCUUCUGCGAGGACAACAAGUGCGGCUGCCAGGUGGAACUGGCCACCCGGCUCUACACCUACUCGUGUUCACUGGGCUGUACUGGCGCGGGCGACGGUCAUCAGCCUUGGUUUUGCUGGAAUGGCUUGCAGAUUUGCGAGAUUGGGGUUCCCAUGCCGCACACCCAGGCAGCUUUCUUGUCGCCUUUCCUGUCUUCGAAGUACGUGGCCUUUCUCUGUCACCUUCAUGGACCGGAUGGCUACAUUCCCAGCGAGAAGCAAAAGGGGACCGGAGGACGGCUGGACAGCAAGCAAAGUUCGCAAAUGGAAGGGAAUUCGGACCUGGAUGAGCCUGAGAAGCCGACCAGAUCUAGCUCCAUGAAGACCGGUUCUUUGAUGUCCACUAUGGAUAAUGGGCCGGAGAGCUGUGCUGCCUCGCAGGCGGGGGACUCGGACGAGGAGGAGAGCGAGUCGCGGAGGUCCUGGUCCUUCAACACGCAGUCGGGCUUGGCAGGUGUUGGAAAGAUGGAGAAGGAGAAAGCUGCUCGCAGUGGCUACAAAUGUUCCUGUGGCCAGUACAUCUUCACCGAAAAAGGCGCUGCGCCGAGGGGCCGCGGAGCCAAGGCGGACGGCCCCGCCUUCGGCCACACGGAGGGCGAGGCGGCCAAGCUGCGCCAGGCGCUGGCGGCGUUGCAGGAGUACGAUCUCAUGCACACCUUCGUGGCCUUGAUGUCGGGUGGUUUAAACUUGGCCAAAUCCGUGCUGCGUCUUCACUUCAGCAUUGAUCCAGGUGCCUACCAGAACCUGCCGGAGCCAUCCUGCAAGAGCUACGAGGAAGCGCUGAUGCCCUGGUAUCGAGAGUUCCACCGCAUGGAUAUGCACAACCGCAGCCGGCACUGCAUGCUGUUGACCAGCAUCUUGCGCGGCAUGUUGGGCGACGGCCUCACAAGUGGCCUCCACACGGAGGCCUUGGACAUGCUGCGUUUGCCGUUGCCCACGGCGGAUGAGAAGGACGAGAAGCCCGACAAGGUCCCGGCGCCGCGGCCCAUGCUGGGCCGCCCCACCGUGGGCCCCGGGGCGCAGCACUCGUUGUUUGGCGGGGCGCAACGUCGCUGGACAGCUGGACAUGGGAUGUUGUCUCGCUGGCUGACAAGCAGAUCCCCAGCUUUCUGGCCCCUAGGAAGUCCCAGUCAGAUCCUGCAGCGGCAGCAGUCGAGGGAGUCGCUGGCCAGUGAUGAGAGGCCAGAUCGACAGACCUCCAAAGCACCCGGCUCCAAGCGCUUCCUAACCCAUGCCCAGGUGAGUUGUGCAUUGAACGGUUGCGAUUCGCCCUUGGGUCUGAAGCAUCACUUCGAAACAUUCCAGCAGUGGUGCCACAGCGCUCACCUUCUGCCGUUUGUACAGCGCUGCUAUCGCCGCUGCGGCAUCGCGGGCCUGGCGGCCGGGCAGCACGUGGGGCGCCACAGCAAGGGCGCCAACCCCUUCUAUCCGCUGGUGCUGCCCACGGUGCCCACGGUGUGUUACGGCCACUGCUAUCCGCUGCACAAGGUCUUUCAAUACUUCUAUGCGGGAACCGAAAAGAUCCUCUGCAGCAUCGACGACUCCAAGGCGCUGGACUCGGAAAAGGCCACCUGGGGCCUGGUGGCGGGACAAGAUCGGCUCAACAACCAGUGCUGGUUCAAGGUGGCAGAUGAAGUCGACCCCAUGAACCAGGAGUCGGAUAGUAGAGACAGCAGAGAGCCCAGCAAGAAGUCUGCCCUGAGAUCCAGUAUGUUUCCACUGACCCUGAAGCCCUCGGGGAAGUCCAUUGACGAAGAGCGGCGCCAACAGCUGCUGGCGCGGAAGAAGCACUUCGUGGCCAAGCGGCAGAUGAUGCCCCUGAGCCCUGGUGUCCUCACUGCGGCGGACCCCUUCUUUUGGUUUUGCCAUGGUGACUUCUACCUCUACACCUUCCCGGCAAAUCAGGUACCCCGGAACUUCCUCCAGGACCCGGCUGUGGUGGUCUGCCGCUACGCCGACAUCGUCUCCCGCAGCGGCACGCCGCCGCCGGACGCGGGGCUCGGCGUGGCGGGGCCCACGGCGGCGGCGCGCGCCACGGCGCGCGGCGUGGCGGCCAUGGAGCAGAGCGCCGCAGCGCCGCCCAGCAGCUGCCUGUGUCAACCCACCGAUAUGACGGACCACCUGCGGAAACGCUGGGAGGUGAAGCUCGUCUUCCCGGACGAGCAAGCCCUUCUGCUGGGCGACACGGGCUGGUUCCCGGGCGCCUUGGGCUACCGCUUCAUCUUUGAAGCCUCCACGCAGAACGUGGAGCGCUACGUGCUCUUGGACACCAUGCCGCAGGCCUCUCUGGUCUACAUGCAGCACGUUUGGCGCCCUGACCGGAAACUGGCAAAGACGGGGAAGAAAGCUGCCGAAGGACCUGACAAGACGGCGGCAGGUUGGACCAAGGCGGAGCUGCGCGAAGCGGAGACCUCCAGUGACGAGAGCGAGGUCGCCGAGGAGCCCUCGGAGCGCGAGGAUCCCAUCGCCGCGCCGCACCGCCGCAGGAUACCUUUGCCAUACUUCUCCAAGAAGAAGAAACCUCCUAAGAAGCAGAGGCCUGGCAUCAUCCAGCGCCCAGUCCGCUGGGAGACGGUGGAUUUCAUGCUGCCACCCUUGGGGCCUGGCCUGUAA